GCCGUCGCCGCGACGCGCUUUCUCCCUCUACGAUCAGAUCAAUCUCAUCGACAACGUCCCUGAAGACCAGCUCCGCUUCCAACGAUACCUUCUUCUCCCGCUUUUUCCCUUCGGAAUGCCAUGAAUUACCACUCGACCAUCACGCUCUUUCUACAACAUUCAAAAUCAAAUCCCUUUUCUCAUUUCAAUCACACAUACUUUGCGUAACUUAGAUCGAAUUGUGUUUGCUUUUGCUAAACUUAGGUAUUCGGAAACGGGGUUCACUGUAAAUGGCGUGGAUUAUGAAGGUGGAUUGCUUUGUGUGGGGAACAUGUUAACGUCUUGGGCUCCAAAGAAAUUCCCAGAGGUCACUCCAGAUAGCUUACCUAUCUUCCAAAUUGUGCGGCCUAUACCAGAGAUUCUGAUCCUUGGCUGUGGGAGGAACAUUGAAGUUCUAGAUCCUGAACUUCGGCGCUUCAUUCGGUCUACUGGCAUGAAGUUAGAAGCCCUUGACUCAAGAAAUGCUGUGUCCACUUACAACAUACUGAAUGAGAAGGGUUGGGUUGUGGCUGCUGCACUUCUUCCAUAUGGGGUUUCUUCUUGAUGCCUAGAUCCAGCAUGUAAUAUGCUUUUCAUUGUCCGCUUAUACAAGUUUCCAUUUCAGUUUAAACUAUUCAAACUCCCUUGUCCUUUUAAAGGAAGAUAAGUUUUGGCUAAUGUAAAUAAGGUGGAAGUUGGAUGGUCCAUAAUUGUAGAUCUUUAUGCAUUUCUGCAUAAUUGUAGGUCUAUGAUUUGGCAUUUUAUAGCCGACAUCAUAGUUUUUUUUUUCUCUU